AUGUCCGACAUCGAAGCUGAUCCCCCACUCAACGAUCUCUUCGUCGAGCCCGAGGGGUACUACCCGCCGACCCCUCCCCCAACCACGACCUUCUACACAACCCUCACCGGCGACACCAUCACGCUGCAUCUAGUCGGCCACUCGCCCCUGGAAGCGCACCACCUGUGGAACGCGUCGCGCGUGGUCGCCGAGCACUUCGAACGCAACCCGGACGAGGUGCGCGGGCGCACAGUGCUGGAGCUGGGCGCCGGCGCGGGGCUACCCAGCCUGGUCGCCUCGGCGCUGGGCGCCAAGAUGGUGGUGAUGACGGAUUAUCCGGACGUGGAUCUGGUGAGGAAUAUGUGGCGGAAUGUGGAUGAGUGUGCGUUGAUUCCGAGGGAGGCUAAGAAAGGGAGUCAGGGGGCGGAGGAGGGGGAUGAGCCGACGAAUAUCGUCGUUGAUGGUUACAUUUGGGGGGCAGACACGACAAAGCUCUUGAAGUAUCUGGAGUCGGAUACUUCUUCACAAGAGCCUCAAGGCUUUGACCUUCUUAUUCUGGCCGACCUCCUCUUCCGCCAUACUGAGCAUCGAAACAUGCUCAAAACCGUCCGGCAUGCGCUCAAGCGGACGCGCGAUGCCAAGGCCCUUGUUGUCUUCUGCAGCUACAGGCCAUGGUUGCAGAAGAAGGACUUGGCAUUCUUUGACCUUGCCCGCGAGCAAGGGUUCGAAGUUGAGAAAGUUAUGGAGAAGAAAAUGGACCGGCCUUUGUUUGAAAACGACCCAGGUGAUGUCGAGAUCCUGAAGACAGUUACCGGAUGGGAGCUAAGAUGGCCAGAGACAGAGUGUCUUGGAAACGGAGAGGUGAAGGCCAAUGCAGCGGGCAGUUGA